GCGGAACCAUGGGACUCGCAUUCUCCCGACUGUGGGAGCGUAUGUUCGGCAAGAAGGAGAUGCGUAUACUGAUGGUGGGUCUGGACGCGGCCGGUAAGACGACCAUCCUGUACAAGCUCAAGCUCGGAGAGGUGGUGACAACUAUCCCCACCAUCGGGUUCAACGUGGAGACUGUAGAAUACAAAAACAUUAGCUUCACCGUUUGGGACGUCGGAGGGCAGGACAAGAUCAGGCCGCUGUGGAGGCACUACUACCAGAACACGCAGGGGCUGAUCUUUGUCGUGGACUCCAACGACAGAGACCGCGUCGAUGCCGCACGGGACGAACUCCACCGCAUGCUCAACGAGGACGAACUGCGCGAGUCCAUCCUUCUCGUGUUCGCUAACAAGCAGGUGAGCAUUGUGUACCGGGGUAGGCAUGUGCAUCUGCCCACGUACAGCGCCGUGCUCGUCGUCGGCGCGCUUUGCUGA